AUGGGAGGUGGUGGUGUUCUCAUAAAUAGCCAUGGCAACUGGGUGUUAAGAUUCUCUUACCAUGGCAAAGGGGGGGAAUCCCUCUUUGCUGAGCUGGGUGCGCUUCGUGUUGGCCUAGAAUUGGGUUGGAAAGCUGGCCAUAGGAAGCUGGUGGUGGAGCUUGAUUAUAGUGAUGUGUUGGCUGCCUUAGAAGACCUGAAUUGUGGUGAUUUUAUCCCUGAGAUCGAAGUUGUUCGCUGUCUCAUUAGUCGUAAUUGGGAGGUGAGGUUGAGAGUUAUCCCCCGAGACUACAACAGGCCGACGGAUUGGCUUGCUAAGCAUGGUGCGUCGGCUCCUGACUGA